AUAUCAAUUAGGGUUCCCGUUCGUCAUAUUCUUGUUCUCCUCGAUAAAUAUUGUUAGGGUUUUAUCUUACGAGCAUCUUAAAUCACAGUACUAAUCGAAUUCGUACUGUUAUUGCGUAUUUGGAUGCACUAAACCAAGGAAUCCAACCGCAAAAGAAAGAAAGAAAGAAAUAAAAACACAAAGGAGAAGCAUGGAGGGAGGGGGCGAGGAGGUCAGCAUAGAGGAGCUCUCUUCAAAUCUCUCUACUUACAGACAACAGCUUCAAGAGGGUUGAUUUUCCGUCAUGCUUACGAGUGAAGUGGAAUCUUUCUGAUAUCUUGUCAUCCACACUAUUUGAUUUUUGAAAGUGCAAGCCUAUCUCCAUACUAUUGAUGAACAUACAUAAAUGCUUGUUGAUAAGUAUCAACAACGGACAUAGGUGAGGAAGCUUUUGAAGGAUGACCCUGGAAAUUCUGAGUAUGCUGAUGUGGAGAAAGAGCUUGUGGAGGUGAUCCAACAUAAAUUUGUCACAUUUCUCCAAUUUGAAUUGUUUGUUGCUUUGACUUUGAGUAUGGUUUGACUUGGCAUUUAACUUUCCUCUACAUCUCUAUCUGUUUUCUUCAUAAAAGUGUUGAACACAGUAAACAGACCAAAAACAAUGAUGUUCAUCAUGUUGUAUGUAGCAUUGUUUCGACACAAUAAACCGAUUUAAAACUAAUUAUAAUAUCUUUAAAAUUAUGUUAUUUGAAGUGUAGUAUGUAUUUAAGUGACAAGAGAGAGCCCUGAUGAUCUUGGGUUUAGAAGGUGUCUGCUAUGUGUUGUGAUGGCCAAUCUACUUCUACCUCUGUCUCCUGAUUUCAGAUGUUCACUAAGAUUAUGAGUUUGAAACAACACCAUUUUUAUCUUACUGAUGUGGAAACAAAAACUACAAAGCGUUUUAAGGUUUGACUUUUUUUUUUUUUUGCUGCAGGUGAUUGCUUUGACCGAAGAACUUUUAGCAACUGCACAUGAAGAAGCUGGGAAUUCUGAAGUGGGAAUUGGGACAAGUGCUGAUUUAUCCCCUGGUUUUCACCAUUCUGGAGGUACCUUUCAGAAUGAUGCUGUCUCAAGUGGAAUGUAUGAUGGUCACAAGCUUCCUAUUGGUGCUCAAGUUCAAGCUGUUUAUAGUGAAGAUGGCGAAUGGUAUGAUGCAACGAUUGAAGCGUUUACACCAAAUGGAUAUUUAGUUGCUUACAGUGGGUGGGGAAAUAAGGAAGAGGUUGAUCCUGCUAAUGUUAGGGCUAUAGAAGAAGGUAUUGUUGAUCCUCUUGUGGAAGCUGAAAAGGAAGCAGAAGCCACUAAGCUAGCUCUUAAACGCAAGAUUGCCCAAGCAGCUACUGCUGACGUGGACUUCCAGUCAAAAAGCUUACCCGCAAAACUUCGGAUCGAACCCGAAGAUCCUGAGGAUGUGAAAGCUGCUAAGCGGAAGAAGAUACAUGCUUUCAAGUCAAAGAUGCGAAAGGAACAAAUUGAGGUUACACAAAAUAAGAGACAAAAUGCAUGGCAACAAUUUCAAACCACCAAAGGUCGUGCUAAGAAGAUUGGGUUCUUUUCGGGGCGGAAGAAGGAAAGCAUAUUUAAAUCUCCUGAUGAUCCUUUUGGGAAGGUGGGUGUGACUGGAAGUGGGAAAGGUCUGACGGAUUUCCAAAAAAGGGAAAAACAUUUACAUCUCAAGGGAGCUAAUGCUGAAAACACCGAAGAGUAACUAGAAUUUAGAAUCAAUCCCAUUAUAUAAUUGCUUGUACAACUUUCCAGAUAUGUUGGCUCAUAUUUUCACUUUGUUUUAGAUGGUUAAAUCAUUAUAUAUUCUAGCUUUUCUUCCCUUUCUCUA